GUGUUGAAAAUUACGUGCUGUAGAAAUUUCAUUUAGAAGUUUGUUCUAAAGCUAUUUUACAAAUUGUACAUAUAAAACAUGCACUCUGUGUCUAGGAUGCGCUUUAUGUAUCUUCUUUUGGUACCAUGUCUUUGUGGUGCUUUGGAAUACAACGAGAAGCAAAAUGGAUUCAACCAGAAUGUGAAUUCAAGAUUUCAGAGUUUCAGUGAAAAUUUCAAUCGACCAGAACAAUAUGCCGUUCCUCAAGAGCAUAGCCAACUUGCAACAUAUAUAAAGGUUCCCGAAACAAUCCCGGGUCCUGCUUCACAACCCCAGAGUAAUUACUACAAGCCAAACAGUGUGAGGCCAUUAGAACCUAUUUCCGGCCAAAAUACAGAACAUGUUCCGUAUUUAGCUAGGCAGCCAUUCAACCAAGCAGAACAAAUGGUCGAUCAUCAUUAUCUCACACGACCGAUGUCCGUAAUUUCAACGCCGCACGGUCCGCACUACUUACCACACAGACUCGGCCUCUUGCCUGGAACUACAUUUUUUGGGCAUGGUCAGGACUAUUACUAUCACCAUUCCAAUCCAGCUUUGAAUUACGAGAAACCAAGAAUCACAGUGUUUGCUGAGAAUAUUUACAUUAACAAUGGAAAUACCGAGAAGUAUGAUAACAAAAUAGUUCCUAACGUAGGAAUACAAAAUGGAGCCAAACCGGAUACUCUUGAUGCAAAGAUGUCAUUUUUAAAGCGUAUAAUAGCGACUAUUGAAGCAGAGAAGUCUACGUUGGAUAAUAAGUUGCACAUAGUUGAUCUUCCCUCUCUUGGGUCAGUUAAGCCGAAUUAUAUGCCACAGCAGUCGAAACCUUUAAAUGUAUUUGGAACGCCUCUCCACCUUCUACACUUUAUAAAACCCCAAAACAGUAAAAUCCCUGACGAAUCUUAUCAUCAUUCCUCAGAAAAAGACACAGAAAACCAGUCUGGACAAUUCCACCCUCUGCUCAACCCAUCCGAACAUUUACAGCAAACGACAAACAGCGGCAAGCCGACAAAUGGAAAAACAAACGGCGAUGGGAAAGAGGAACAUACAGGGGAAAAAACUAUAGUUGAAAUAUCAACUGACAUGAAGGGAGUGACCAGUAAACAUGACCAGGGUGAGGCGUUCAUAACCGUGGAGGCAUUAAAUAAUGAAACAGAAGACUGAUUUGUUGCAGAGACACAUGUUUUAUGCGAAUUAAAUACAGUAAAUUGUUCAUAUUAAAAGUGUAUUUCGUUUUAUUGCCUAAUUAAAUACAGUUCCAUACGAUUAUUGCAACUUCAGUCUGAUCCACGUGACACUAUUUUUAGUGUCAAUGACUGCAAACUUCGUUAUUUUAAUAAAAGUUUCACGCUGUAUGUAAUGCUUUUACAUGCUUUAUACCGAAUUUGUCAUUUUAUCACAAUAUCAGUAAUCCGUUACAAACAGAAAAAGUGAUUA